ACUCAUACUUACGCUGCAUCGAACACCCCCUCAUUUUAGAGAGAGAAAGCGCCACGAGAGGAAGCGCUUUUCCUCUCUUUUUCUCUCUCUCGCUCCCCCCUUCGUGUUCUCAUCCACAAUCCCCUCGAAAAAUCCCUUCCUUGGAGCUCGAUUUCGCCCUAAAUGCUUCUAAUUCGAGCUCGAUACGGGCGCUUUUGAAUCUGGGUUUGCGAGGGUUUUAGUUUGGUAAUCAUUUUCAACUUAUUUGAAAUCGAUGAUCAAAUUUUGAGUUGUUGAAAGAAAGUAGGAAGGAGUUGUGGCAAUUUAAUCGCGAAAUUACAUUACUACGGCGUUAUAUUUAUGGAAGGGAAUAUUAUCAGAAACAUGAUUCCCGGAGUAUCUAACAGUAUGUCGAAUCUACAAGAUCAACACUUGUACUUGAAUGGGUGUCUUUCCCGUCAACAGCAGCAACAAAAUCAAUCCCCUUAUCAAAAUUAUGCAAUUACCCCCCAAAUGUUCGAUGUUUUGCCCCAGUCGGCGAAUCACAUGCAGAAUGAGUUGGACCACGACCCUACACUUCCAAUGAUGGUCCACAAUGAUGGCGAUCAUGUAAAAAAUUCAAGCGAAGAAGAUGAAGGGAGCUUCAGAACUGAGGAUGGAGAUGAUAUCAUACAUGGAAAGCAGGCUUCAAAAUGGCACAGAAUGAAGUGGACCGAUGAAAUGGUUAAGCUUCUUAUAACCGUGGUUUCUUACAUAGGAGAGGAUUAUAACUUGGAAUGCUCUAGCAUGUCGAAGAGAAAGUUAUCCAUGCUGCAGAAAAAGGGUAAGUGGAAGCUGGUUUCGAAGGUAAUGGCGGAAAGAGGUUGUUUUGUUUCUCCGCAGCAGUGUGAAGACAAGUUUAAUGAUCUCAACAAGAGGUACAAAAGGCUUAAUGAUAUUCUUGGUAGGGGGAUAUCUUGUAGGGUGGUGGAGAAUCCUGCUCUUUUGGAAUGUAUGAAUCACCUUAGCGAUAAGACAAAGAAUCUCGUGAGAAAGAUAUUGAGUUCGAAGCAUCUGUUCUACGAAGAGAUGUGCUCGUACCACAAUGGAAACCGAUUUCGUUUAAAAGCUGAUCCCGCACUUCUGCAGUCCCUGAAAAUGGCUCUAGGAAGUGCAGAUCAGCAUAAUGAAGAUGAGAUCGACGAAGAUAAUCAAGGCGGAGAUAAUGAUGAUAGGGGGCUAAGUUUUAAUAAAAGGAUGGUACAUGGGGUGGAGUGUAAAAAUCCUUCGGUGCCUCAAGAUUGUAACAGGACGAACUCAUUUGAUAUGAACCAAGUUCUUGAUGAAGGUCUCAAGGGUGAUUGGGUGCAGCAGGAAGAGAACUUGCGGUCACGCUCACUGAAGCUGGAAGCGAAAAAGUUGCAGGUUGAGAUGCAAAGGCAUGAGCUUGAAGAGCAGCGUAUGAAGUGGCAGCAGUUUAGUAAGAAGAAGGAUAGAGAAUUGGAUAAGAUGAGAGUCGAAAAUGAAAGGAUGAAGCUGGAAAAUGAUCAGUUGCAAUUGGUAUUGAAGCACCAGGAGCUAAAGCUGAGGUUAUAUCAUUGAGAAAUUGAAGAAAUAUUUGGAUAGAAGUGUGGAAUCUCAGAAUUAUCAAUUUUGGUAAGCGAUAGUUAUGCAUGGAGUCAUUCUUACAUAAAACCCUUACUUUAUUUAUGAAAAACAGAAAAUUUGCAAGUUGGAUGUUUAUAGAGUAGGUGAUAGCAGUUGCAUGCUUCUGCAGUUUAACUUGUUCGGGCUUUAGAGUAUGGUUGUUGAUACAAGAAAGUUGUUUCAUAUUUCACAAGAAAGCUUUUUUACUCUUAAUUUUGAUUUCAAGUUAUAAUCAUUGUGACGCAUGGUAAAUAGAAUGUCCUAUCGAACUUGUUCCGGCCACUUAUGUUUUA